AUGGCCUCCGACUGGAACCAGGAUAGCCUGCGAGCACGCUUUUGCCACGCUCUAUCAGAAAUGUAUAAAACCGAGGUGCCCCUAUACGGCAACCUAAUCGAUAUCGUCCUAGAAGCAGACACAAAAGCGCUGCAAAGUACGAAAUCCAACGAAACACUCCCCACAAACCCAGACGAAGUUCUCCCACCACGACACCGAGUCGAAAGACACGGCGCAAUCCGCCUAGGAACACCACACGAACUCAGCACGAUUCGACGCAUGUUCGCCGUCAUGGGAAUGUAUCCCGUCGGCUACUAUGAUCUCAGUCUAGCCGGAUUCCCCAUGCACGCCACAGCCUUCAGGCCAACGACCUCGGAGGCGCUCGCGGCGCAUCCCUUCCGAGUCUUCACGACAGUAUUAAGGAUGGAGCUUCUAACCUCGAAGACGCGGGCACUAGCGAAGAAAGCGCUAGACCAGAGAGAUAUUUUCACGCCUAGACUUCUGGCUUUGUUGGAUAUUGUUGAGUCGAGGGGUUCUCUGUCGCCGGACGAAUGCGUUGAGUUUAUCGACAAUGGAUUGGAGACGUUUAGAUGGCAUUCGAAAACGACGGUCACACUUGACGAGUACACGAUUCUGAAGGCCGAACAUGCUCUGAUUGCCGAUAUUGUUUCCUUUCCAAAUGCGCAUAUCAAUCACCUCACGCCGCGAACGAUCGAUAUCGACCUCGUUCAGCGUCUCAUGGUGGAGCACGGCAUGCCUGCGAAAGAACGAAUCGAAGGACCGCCCCGACGAGAAUGCCCGAUUUUACUACGACAGACUAGUUUCAAGGCGUUGCAAGAAACCGUCUAUUUCAGCGAUGAUUCUGGCUCGGGUGAAUUUGUCAGGGGCUCUCAUACGGCGCGGUUUGGAGAAGUCGAGCAACGUGGCUACGCAUUAACGCGAAAGGGCCGUCAAUUUUACGAUCAAAUUUUGAAUCAGGUUAAUGAUCUCGCUGCUCAGAAUGAGAAACGAAGCGAUUCGACCGAGUAUGAAUCUCUGCUCGCCAAGUCGUUUGAGAUUUUCCCGGAUACACUUCCUGCGUUGAGAGAGGGGGGUCUGGCAUAUUUUUGCUAUAGAUUGACUCCAGCCGGUGAGAAGUAUGCAGAACACCGUGACGAUGACCUCGGGGUAUUCGUGUCACCAGAUGGUGAAGCCACAGAAUCGGUGACAGAACUCUUAAACAAAGGGGUUCUCGACUACGAUCCGCUAACAUAUGAGGAUUUUCUUCCGUUAUCCGCGGGUGGCAUUUUCAAUUCCAAUCUAGGCGAUGUCUCACAGUCAAAACAGCUUAUUAUGAAUGCUGAGUCUGAUUUGGAUGGGUUCCAGCGUGGUCUGGGGACCUACGUUGCGGAUGAAUUUCACCUUUAUGCGGAGAUGCAACGUGGAUCUCUUGAGGUUUGCAGGCAGAAACUUGGGUUGAGGGAAAUUUUGAUGGUAUAG